AUGGGAGGUUCAGUCGUGACUGCGAUCCUCGUCAGGGUACCGGCCGACACCCUUGACGAGUUACGCAAGGCUUAUCCAGGUGCAGGGGGCACCACCUGGACGGACCUUCACUUCCCCCUUACUCGACACCGAUCAGCAAAACGAACGGACAACGACGAUAUGGCGGUGGAGGUGGGCGCCCCGAAGGCGCACACCGAUACCGAAGACCUUGGCGCGGAUAAAGGACAUGCUGCCCGACCUGAACGACUCUCCGAGUCGGACUCGUCGGUGUGCAGCAUGAUGACGGUGGAGUCUGUGGAUAUUCCACACAAGGAUGCGAUACGGCGAAAAGGCGAAAAGCGGACCCACGCUGGGGAUAGCUGCUCUGGCUCCGAGAGUGACGCGAGCGAGCAGCUGAGUGAAAACUCAGAAUCCUCAGCGUGCAGGUGGCUGAAACCUGCUAAUAAGAGAGGGCGUGGCCGGCCGCCCACACAUGGAAAGUACGUAGGUCUUGGAAAAUCGCGAGCGGAGCUCCAGGAAGCGAAGUCCAAAACUAGAGAGGAUCGCUUCCAGGCCGAAGACACGCUGGCCGCUUAUAAUGAGGCGGCCAAGUUGGCGUUAGAGGAGAGAGCGGCCCGCUCUAGGAACCGACAAGCAGAGUCACAUACCGAAGAUGCACCGAAGACGUCCGCCGCUUUGGACGCGACCGUCCAGCAGGCGCUCGACGUGGUGCUCCAGGCUCUGAAGACUGCCGCCGACACCAUCAAAGGUGCGGUGGCGGAACUCAGGGCUCUGACCAUGUCUGAGGAGGUGGCCCGCCUGGAAGCUGCCAACGCACAGCUUUCGGGCCAGUUGGCCGAGCUCCGGAGAGAGGUGGCCCAGAUGCGAGCGAAGCCAGAACAGAGCGAAGAAAACCUGAAGAGGAUUAUGGAGGAGGCGCUGCGGUGCAGCCGGGAGCAGUUCAGCAACAUGCUGAACGCCCGGAUGGAGGGCAUCGAGCGUCGCCUCCUUCCGGAGCCUCGGCUGCGGCCUCCGCUGGCCGCAGACCGCAAGGCGGCAGAAGCUGCGACUGCGACACCGCGGGUGACGGCACCGGUCGAACCGCCCACUGCCAAAGCCGCGGACACGGUCGCGAGCUCUGCCACGGCCCGACGCCAAAAGAAGGGGAAACGGCCCAGCAUGGCUGCCCAGGAGGCGGCAGCGGCUGCGGCCAAGAAGACCGCUCCUCCGCCAGCGUCGAGGCCGGGUAGCUCCGGAACAUCUUGGGCGGCUGUUGUUCGCCAACAGCCGAGCAAGCCGCCCAAGAAGCCUAAGGCGGCAGCGGGAUUGACAACGGCGACCAGAAAAGGGAAGAAGGAGAAGCGUCCAGAAAGGAAACUCCGCUCUCCUCGCACCGCGGUGAUCACCAUCACCCUGAAGCCCGGUGCCGAGGAGAAGGGCCUGAAGUACGAAACUGUCCUGCAACAAGCGAAGAGCCGCAUCAAGCUGAGCGAGGUCGGCUUGACUGCGGUGCGCUUCAGGACAGCGGCCACUGGAGCGCGGAUGCUCGAAAUCCCGCCGGGCACCGUCGACGCGGAGAAGUCGGCGGAUGCCCUUGCGGCGAAGCUCCGCGACGUCCUGAGUCCGGACGAGGUCCAGGUCCAUCGACCGACGAAAUGCGUCGAGAUCAGAGUCAUGGAUCUGGACGACUCAGUGACGUCGGAGGAGGUGGUGGCAGCGGUGGCCACAGAAGGAGGUUGCUCCGAGGGUGCUAUAAGGCCGGGCGUGGUUGUCCGGGGCGCCAACGGCUGCAGGUCGCUGUGGCUAAGCUGUCCAGUCGCGGCGGCCAAGAAAAUUCUGGUGUCUGGCAGAAUAAGAGUGGGGGGCGUGGACCGCAGCCGUUUGUGCUUCCGCUGCGGCCAACCCGACCACAAGGCCCGAGAAUGCACUGCCGCUGAAGCGAACUGCAUCCUGUGCUCAGCGGCCGGUAAGCCAGCGACGCACGCCUUGGGCAUGGUGGCGGAGCCCUACGUCGUUCAUUUACGGGACGACUGGGUAUCCGACCACGAGGGAGUGAUUUCCAUCGUCGCUCCCGCUAUCGCCGGCGCCCCUGCGAUCGAUUGGGUCGCCAAAGGCAGAGGGUGCGUGGCCGCCAUCGUACAGAACAGCGCGUUCGUGGGAGUCUACGCCUCUCCCAACCGGAGUCUCGCCGAGUUUGAGCAACUUCUGGUUGAGGUCGGGGCUCUGGUCGGGCAGGUUUCACCGAGACCG